CUGCUACUGAGAUCUCGUAAAAGCCUUCGAUUGCCUCUGCACGAGUUUGUGAAUGCCCAUUCAAUCUUAUUCUUCUGCCUGGCUUUCUGAAAGCUCAUAUAUCCCAAUCAUCUCCUCUUCUGAACAGCAACCAAAGACUCUUCAGUAACCUGCAAACCCGCCAACCAAUACUCCCAACACAACCCUAGCCACCGACCAUGGUUGUCGAACGCAACUUCGCUGGUGACCCUCACGCUCUACAUGGGCAUUGGGGUCCUCCGACCUCCGUGGCCAACUUUUGUGAAGAAGACUAUGCUGUCACCGUGUACAUCGGCGAGUUCGUGAACACGUUUACAAACCUCGCGUACGUUUACUGGGCCUUUCAUGAGCUCUUGCCUGGGGAGAGCUUGCUUUCCACCACAGCUUUUCCCAACUUGGCUCUCUUCUUCGUCGGUGUCACAUCUUUUGCUUUUCAUCUCACCUUGAAAUAUGCAACACAACUAUGUGACGACCUUUCCAUGUUUUGGGUCUGCGCUGCUAUCAUAUACGAAUUGUAUACCGUCGAUCAGCCCACCAGUGUCAAGGUGGCUUUUGGCUUGACCUUGACCGCAGUUCUCGGAAUCAUCAGCGCCAUUCACUGUACACUCUACCAACUCUGGCUACACAAUUGGACGUUUGUUCUGUUGGUCACGGCCAUCUGGCCGAGAGUAUUGUAUCUUAUUAAUCAGAAAUUUCAAGGCUCGGAAAAGAGAUACUGGCUUCAGAAAUUCCGGGUCGGUGGCAUCUGCUUUCUCGCAGGGUUCGUGGUGUGGCUCAUCGAUGGAGCCGCAUGUGGCUGGCUGCGCGACGCCAGAGGGUAUCUUGGACUGCCUUGGGGAUUCGUGCUGGAAUUACACGGAUGGUGGCAUGUCCUUACCGCGUUGGGCGCCGGGUAUUGUGUCCGUGUAACCAAACAGCUGACGAGAGGAUCGUCCUGA